UAGUUACUCUUUAUCCGGGAUGAUUCAUGAGCGCCUACUACCCUGCUUUCAGUCCCUCAUUUUCGAAAGCGAAGUCAAAGUACUAGAUGGACCAAUUUCAACGGCUCUGUUGCUUUCCUUUUCGCCGAUUGCAACCCUCCCCAACAAUUGACCAUCAGGACAUCAUACUGGCUCCAUACUCUUGGAGAACAGGGCCGACCUUUAAGGAAGAUGUGUCUAAUCAAAGCACUUUCCAGUGGGAGUAUGGGGAUGGCACGCUGAUUCCCAUACUCCAGAUCUGGCCAAAUCAUCGACAAUCUAUGGAGGCAAUGGAUGAAUCGGAGGUAGAAGUUCAACAAAUUGCGAGUAAGAUACAAAUCGAUGGAAAGGUGGGGGAGCGAAUCGAUGCUGAUAAUUCAGAAGAUGGUCCAUUGCGGCUCUACGACUGCGAAAACAUGAUCAUAAAAGACCGACAAACGUACCUCAAGGAGACUCAGGGCAUGGUUCCCCCCUACGUUGUGGUAUCACAGGUGUGGGGAGAGAUCACGGAGAAGAUGGUUCUGCCUGGAAUCUAUUGGGGUAUCCCCAUCUCUGACAAAAAGAAAUGGGAGUACGUCCUCGACUACUGCAGGAGGACAAAGACCAAGUGGUUGUGGAUGGACAUCAUAUGCAUCAACCAAGCCCGGGAUAACCAUGCGGAAACUGAGAAAGCGCUGGAGAUUCCGAAAAUGAGUCAAUAUUACCAGGAGGCCUCAGCUUGUCUCGUCAUCCCAGAGAAUUAUGAGAAAUUCCACACGGCGUACGCUUGCGUUAUGGAUAUCUUGUCUAGAAUUGCGGACACUGGGGCUUCAGUGCAGGACAAUGCACGAUCGAUCUGGGAUAACAUCGCAAUGUUGGAGGCUGUUGUCAAUGACGGAUGGUUCUCUCGAGUGUGGACAUACCAAGAGCUACUGCUACCCAAAAAGCACGUCCUCUUAGAUGGUCAGGAACUCUGCAUCGACAAGCUGGGUCGCAUUCUGGGUUGGUAUUACAAGAUACUCAGAAACCGAUGGCUAAAAAAGCCCGAAGGAGGGAAAGACUACAGUUUCGUCUAUCCCGAAAACGAACUCGUAUUCGAGAGAGUGGGCGCAGCAGCGGAUUGGGAAGCCCAAAGUGUCAGCUGGGAUGCGAAGCGCACAUUGCAACGAGAUGGACACCUCGAACUGCUCACCGCCAUUAAUAUAACCUCCUGGAAGAACUGCAAGUUCCCCGUUGAUCGCAUGCUCGGAAUAUAUGGGCUGUUGAAAGAUGAGGACAGGGUUUCUACACUCAACAAGCUCGAUACUGCUGCUGAUGGAAAGCCUGCCGCUGCAGGCGAGAGCACACUUGAUACAGUCACAUCUACCAGUGGAAUUCCGCAGACGUCGAAUUCCGCAUCUGGGGUAGAUCAAAAGCCUUCAGGUCAUUUGGAAGCUUCCAAUCAGGAUGCACAACUCGAGAAAAUGUGGGAACGAACGAUGGUGAAGAUAGUAACAUCGGGCAGAGUGUGGCCAUUGCUCUAUGAUGCUAUGAGAUCUGAUGCGCCCAUGGGCACAAACUGGAUGCCCCGCAUCAUCCACGCUUCAGGAUGCGAGGUCCAUAUAGAAAUUUUGGAUCACCGCAACUGGGGAAAAAUUGAGGUGGCUAAGGAUGGAUUACAUAUGACGGCAAGAGUGGUGGGACGCUUGACUGGAGUCAGUGGCAGUAUUGGAGAUGGGGGCGGAGAGGUGAACGUAAUGAUCGCAUGCGCCUGGACAUUGGUGGCGAAGGGGUUUGACCCCCAGCCGAUCUUGGAGUUAUUCAAGGAGGGCCUUGCUACUUCGGACACGGUGCCACAGCAGGAGGUGGCGAACACUCACAUGCAAAUUGGCCAAGCUCUCCACGCACCGUCCCUUUUACACUGUUUCCACAUCGUGGAGCGGGAGGAUCUCAGAAGCAAACUCCGAUUUGCUCGUGGAAUUCCAGGGUGGAAUCGGGCUGUCUUCUCAGCACAAACUGCUUGGCCAGCGAGUGGGACGUAUGUGUUCUUAGGUUGGAUAUACUCUGCCAAAACUCCGAAUCCAGAUAAUUGCUGGAUCCUAGAUGUGACUUCGGAGGCACAGACUGCUCGGCGCUGGAUGAUAGCAAAUAAAACCGGGCGGAGCACCUUCCACAAGAUCGGGACGGUGUAUGCUGGUUCGCUCGCGAUUUUCAAGGAAAAUCCCAUCUACAGGCGUAUCGUCUUGGAUUAGUUUGAUAAUCUCGGGUAAUCUCUCACAUUUUGU